AUGCCGCCACGACGAUCGCAUAGGAAAUCCCGCAAUGGCUGUAUGCAGUGCAAGCAAAGAAGGGUCAAGUGUGAUGAAAGCCGGCCCUGCUCGAAUUGUACGAAGCGCGGGAUAGCUUGUAUCUACGACCACGGAAGCAAAAGCCCUUCGGUAAUCGAUGUACCUCGAAACAGCCAAACACGGUCAUCUUAUCAUUCUGAAGAUCCUUCUUCACGACACGGCACUCCUGCUGUCAAUCAGAUAGAUUGGUUCAGCACUUUGGACGAGAAAAUCGCGGGCACCGCAUCCAUUCUUCGGGAAUGGAGUCGGCAGGACCCCGAGUUGAUGCACCACUUUACCCUUUACACUUCCCAGACCAUCUCUGAGCGCAAGGAAAUCCAGGAUGUUUGGCAGAUUGAAGUCCCCAAGAUGGCUUACUCAUACGGAUUCUUGAUGCAUGGCAUUCUUUCCUUAUCCGCCCUUCAUCUCUCUCAUCUCAAACCAGAGAACUACGGUGACUAUAUGACCAGCUCAAGGAUACACUUGACGUUUGGGCUGCGCACCUUUGUAAGAGUUCUUCCAUCUCCAACCGCUGAAAAUUGCUCUGCACUGUUCAGCUUUUGCAGUGUUAUCAUGAUCUACACCUACGGCUGUCCCAUGGAGAGUAACGAAACCGACACUGCGGAUCUCCUGAACAACCUAAUAGAGGUGUUUAGGGUAUCUCGUGGAACCCUAAUAAUCAUGCCAUACUUGAAGUCUAUGAGGCAUAACGGCCUUGAACCUCUUUUCCGGCAAGAGUAUAAUCUGCCCAUCUCAUCAAAAAGAGCUAGGAAAAAUAACCUAUUCGAUGGAGUUGAUGAGCAGCUUGACAAGCUCAGUCAAUAUAUUGAGUCGGAGCCUCUCGACCCUGAAGACAAAGUUAUCGGCCAGCAAGCUCUUGCAGCGUUGUCUUCAUCCUUUGAAGCGUUCGAAUCGGCUGACUUGCCGCUGGAAUGUGGAAUGGCGUUCUUCUGGCCUCUAUCUGUCCAUGAAGGCAAGUAUUUUGCCUUCAAAACUGCUGUGCUGGAUUGA